UAGACUUUUGAAUAUAUUGCAAACUAGCAAUAGAGUUAGCAGGUAAACCAAUGAAGAGGACAUUGCAAUAGUCAAGACGUGAGGAUAUAAAUGCAUGAGCCAGUGUUUCGGCAUCUUUGAGACUGAUAAAGGGACGAAGGCGAGUAAUGUGGCGUAGGUGAAAGAAGGCAAUUUUAGUGACAGAGUUAAUAUGAGCUUCAAAAGUGAGGGAGGGAUCAAAGAUGAUACCUACAUUUUUUACAGUACUGAAUGCUUUAAUGAAAGUGCCAUCAAUAUCACAACUAAAGUCAUAAAGGUUUUUUUUCAUAAGUGUUGGUGUUCCAAUAAUAAUGAUCUUAGAAUGUUGGAGUUAAGCCAUUUUUUUUAUUUAAUUUGCAUGUGCUGAUCGUGGACCGUUCUGGAGAGUGGGAGGAGAUCUACAAGCUGUACAUAUUUGAAUGUCAUCUGCAUAACAAUGGUUGUUUGUCUACUGGAAGGUGAGCAGCAUGUUGUGGGUCUGCAUUUUACUGGGCCAAACGCUGGCGAGGUCACGCAGGGUUUUUCUCUGGGCUUCCAGUAUGGGCUUACCUACGCUCACCUGAGGAAUAUUGUCGGGAUUCAUCCCACCUGCGUAGAGGAGCUGACCAAAGUCAACAUCACUAAACGCUCUUGUCUGGAUGCCACAGUAACAGACUGCUGAGGUUAAGCACUCCCUGAUCACAUGAGCACAUGGGAACCAAUAGAAGAGGGUGUUAUGUCAU